GUGCGGCCCCUCGCCCGGCCCGGCUCCUCACCAUGCUGGACGGCUUGAAGAUGGAGGAGACUUUGCAGAACGCCCUGGACCCCGCCGCCCCCUUUUCCUCUCUGCUGGGCAGAGCCGCGACGCCCCGCUCCGUGUGCGAAGGGUGCCAGCGGGUCAUCGCCGACCGCUUUCUCCUGCGCCUCAACGACAGCCUGUGGCACGAGCGCUGCGUGCAGUGCACGUCGUGCAAGGAGCCCCUGCACACCACCUGCUUCUACCGAGACAAGAAGCUCUACUGCAAGCUGGACUAUGAGAAGUUGUUCGCAGUGAAAUGCGCCGGGUGCCUGGAGAGCAUCGCGCCCAGCGAGCUGGUGAUGCGCGCCCAGCAGAGCGUCUACCACCUGCACUGCUUCUGCUGCUGCGUCUGCGAGCGGCGCCUGCAGAAGGGAGACGAGUUUGUGCUGAAGGAAGGGCAGCUGCUCUGUAAGGGCGACUAUGAGAAGGAGCGCGAGCUGCUGAGCUUGGUGAGCCCGGCUCUGUCGGAUUCUGGUAAAAGUGACGAUGAAGACAGUGUCUGCAAAAUGGGCCCGGCCUCAGCAAAGGGAGCCGAGGAAGGGAAGGACCACAAGCGGCCCAAGCGCCCGCGCACCAUCCUGACCACGCAGCAGCGCAGGGCCUUCAAGGCAUCCUUUGAGGUCUCCUCCAAGCCCUGUAGAAAGGUGCGGGAGACGCUGGCAGCUGAGACAGGACUGAGCGUACGUGUGGUGCAGGUCUGGUUCCAGAACCAGAGAGCAAAGAUGAAGAAGCUGGCCAGGAGGCAGCAGCAGCAACAGCAGGACCAGCAGAACACGCAGCGUUUGAGCUCAGCCCAGCCAAACAGCAGUGGCCCUGGGGGGCUGGAGGGGCUUAUGAACCCCUACACUGCUCUGCAACCCCCACAGCAGCUCCUGGGCAUGGAGCAGGUCUACAGCUCCGACCCCUUCCGGCAAGGGCUCACCCCCCCGCAGAUGCCUGGAGACCACAUGCACCCCUAUGGUGCUGAGCCCCUCUUCCAUGACAUGGACAGCGACGAUACCUCACUGAGCAACCUGGGUGACUGCUUCCUCGCCACGGCAGACGCGGGACCACUGCAGACACGGGCAGGGAACCCCAUCGACCACCUGUACUCCAUGCAGAGCUCUUACUUCACCUCCUGAGCAUGGCAGAGCCCUGCAAUGGGACGUUGUCCUGCGACAUUUUGUAGCUCGGGAUGCCCAGGGAGCCAACAAAUUUUGGGUUGCAUAGUUUCAUGUUUCUCUUAGGAUCCUAGGGUUAGGGGCAGGUUGGGCAGCUGGCGGGUUGGAUUCAGGUUGCCGUGCAAAUGUAGAAGCCUGGAGACAUCUCCCCAGGAUGUGGGGCUGAGUGUAUGUGUGUGGCACGCGUGUGUGCAGAGCCGUGUGGCUGUGCGCGGGGAUGUCCCGCCAGAUUGUAUCCACAAAGUUUAUUUCUAAGU